UGCCCGUGGACACCGCCGAGUAAGCAUCGUGAAAGUCUCCCCUCCCACCGCCGUCAUGUCUAAGUCAGAGUCUCCCAAAGAGCCUGAACAGCUGCGGAAGCUUUUCAUUGGAGGUUUGAGCUUUGAAACAACCGAUGAGAGUCUGAGGAGCCAUUUUGAGAAAUGGGGAACACUUACGGACUGUGUGGUAAUGAGAGAUCCAAACACCAAGCGCUCCAGAGGCUUUGGGUUUGUCACCUAUGCCACUGUGGAAGAGGUGGAUGCAGCCAUGAAUGCAAGGCCACACAAGGUGGAUGGAAGAGUUGUGGAACCAAAGAGGGCUAUCUCGAGAGAAGAUUCUCAAAGACCUGGUGCCCACUUAACUGUGAAAAAGAUUUUUGUCGGUGGCAUUAAAGAAGACACUGAAGAACAUCAUCUAAGAGAUUAUUUUGAACAGUAUGGGAAAAUUGAAGUGAUUGAAAUCAUGACUGACCGAGGCAGUGGCAAAAAGAGAGGCUUUGCUUUUGUGACCUUUGAUGACCAUGACUCUGUAGACAAGAUUGUCAUUCAAAAAUACCAUACUGUGAACGGCCACAACUGUGAAGUAAGGAAAGCUUUAUCUAAGCAAGAGAUGGCUAGUGCUUCUUCCAGCCAAAGAGGUCGAAGUGGUUCUGGGAACUUCGGUGGUGGUUGUGGAGGUGGUUUUGGUGGGAAUGACAACUUUGGCCAUGGAGGAAACUUCAGUGGGCGAGGUGGCUUUGGCGGCAGUCGAGGUGGUGGUGGAUAUGGUGGCAGUGGGGAUGGCUAUAAUGGAUUUGGUAACGAUGGAAGCAACUUUGGAGGUGGUGGAAGCUAUAAUGAUUUUGGCAAUUACAACAAUCAAUCUUCAAAUUUUGGACCCAUGAAAGGAGGAAAUUUUGGAGGCAGAAGCUCUGGCCCCUAUGGUGGUGGAGGCCAAUACUUUGCCAAACCACGAAACCAAGGUGGCUAUGGCGGUUCCAGCAGCAGCAGUAGCUAUGGCAGUGGCAGAAGGUUUUAAUUACUGCCAGGAAACAAAGCUUAGCAGGAGAGGAGAGCCAGAGAAGUGACAGGGAAGCUACAGGUUACAACAGAUUUGUGAACUCAGCCAAGCACAGUGGUGGCAGGGCCUAGCUGCUACAAAGAAGACAUGUUUUAGACAAUACUCAUGUGUAUGGGCAAAAAACUCGAGGACUGUAUUUGUGACUAAUUGUAUAACAGGUUAUUUUAGUUUCUGUUCUGUGGAAAGUGUAAACCAUUCCAACAAAGGGUUUUAAUGUAGAUUUUUUUUUUUUGCACCCAUGCUGUUGAUUGCUAAAUGUAAUAGUCUGAUCAUGACGCUGAAUAAAUGUGUCUUUUUUUAAAUGUGCUGUGUAAAGUUAGUCUACUCUGAAGCCAUCUUGGUAAACUACCCCAACAGUGUGAAGUUAGAAUUCCAUCAGGGUGAUGCCAGGUUCCAUUUGAAAUUUAUUUGCAACCUGCUUGGGCACAGAAGCCGUUGUCUCCACAAACAUUGGUGUGGUUGAACUGACAGUUAAUGUGUUGUGACCUGGAGUUCACCGUUAAAAGGGUCACCCAAGCAAAGUCGUGGAGUUUAUUUGGUUAUUAGUAUGAUUGUUGGCACAUCCUAUGCAAUAUAUCUAAAUUGAAUUAUGGUAUCAGAUAAAAUUAUAGAUGGGAUUAAAGCUUGUGUAUCGUCCAUUAUCAUGUGUAAUCAAUAAACGAUUUAAUAUUC